AUUUCCCUUUACUUCCUGUAUGUUUAGACACGAUGAAGCAGACAACUUGAUAACUUUUUACCUGACCAGAACUUUCACAUUAUCUCCACGAAUGGGGAGAAUUCUUUAAAAGUUACUUCAGCUGAAGAUGGAUACUACAGCAUUUGUUGAAGAGAUCGAUUAUCGGGAGCUCGAGUUUGGAGAGAUUGUUGGCAAGGGAGCAUUUGGUGUAGUUAGCAAAGCAAGAUGGAGAGGGAAAGAUGUAGCUGUGAAGAGAAUCGAGACAGAGCAGGAAAAAAAAGGAUUUAUGCAGGAACUAAAGCAGCUCUCACGAGUCAGCCAUCCCAACAUUGUAAAGCUAUAUGGAGCAUGUCGUGAGCAGCCUGUUUGUCUUGUAAUGGAGUAUGCUGAAGGUGGAUCUUUGUAUAAUGUUUUACAUGGGUCAGGCCCACAGCCUCAUUACACUGCUGCCCAUGCCAUGAGCUGGGCACUUCAGUGCGCACGUGGUGUGGAAUAUCUUCAUGGCAUGAAACCAAAGGCACUUAUCCACAGAGAUCUGAAACCUCCAAAUUUGUUGCUGAUACAGUUUGGCACUGUCCUGAAGAUUUGUGACUUUGGUACAGCCUGUGAUAUCCAUACAUACAUGACAAACAACAAAGGAAGUGCUGCAUGGAUGGCACCCGAAGUCUUUGAAGGUUCCAACUACAGUGAGAAAUGUGAUGUGUUUAGCUGGGGUAUCAUUCUCUGGGAGGUUUUCACUCGCCGCAAACCAUUCGAUGAAAUUGGUGGACCAGCUUUCCGCAUUAUGUGGGCUGUACACAGGGGCAAACGACCUCCAUUAAUACAAGGGCUUCCCAAACCCUUGGAAGUGUUAAUGACCAAAUGCUGGUCAGGAAAUCCAGCAGAAAGACCUUCUAUGUCAGAGGUUGUGCGCAUUAUGUCACAUCUGUUUCAGUUUUUUCAUGGUGCUGACCAGCCACUCACAAUACCAAGAAACAGCAAUAGUAUGGAAGAUGACAAUGAUGUCAGCAUUCCUCAGUCUCCACUGUCCUACCAGGCUACUCCUACUAACAAUGUUCACCUAGCUAGCCCUCCUUUAGGCGAGUCACGUGCUGGAACGAUAAGUGACACCAUCCGCUACAACCAUGAAGGGGAGGUUCACCACCGAUACCAUGCAGGUACUUAUUUCAUCAUCAGUGGCUUUUUGGAUACAGAUACCUGGCCCUGGCCAGCAGCUAUCCAGAUGAGUUACACAACCACACUUGCACAAAACCUUGCAACAUUCUUUGAAUUCCCACACAUAUAUUCUACUGGACAGUAUGUCUAUGAACGUCCUCGUGGUCAAAUGAGUGCACCUCCUUCACUUGCUGCCAGUCGUGAAAGUUUGAAUGAAGCUCGAUCAAGAUCUGGUACACCUGUUGACUCCUCCAAGCGGUACUCUGCAGACUUUUCACAGUUAGAUGAGCAUGACCAGUCAGCUAUCCCACCACAGAAAGUGCUAGGUCAUCGUAGAUCAGGCUCACAGGGCACAACUCCUAUAUAUGUCACUGCAGGUUCCAUGCCACCACCCCCUCCUACAGCAUUUGGAAGAGGUCUGGGGCGGCAUGCAUCCUAUGAGCAUUUGGUCCCAUCCACUAAAGCACCACCCCCUAGUAUUGUUAUCACUCCGUCAGUUCACAGCCAUCGGCGCAUUGGCUCCGACGAAUAUGCACGCAUUGCAGCUAUGAACAGCUCAAGUCAGGCUGUCAAUGUGAACAAUCAAGACCGAAACUCAGGUGUUCACCACUGUCCAACCUACCCAGGGGAGCUAAACCAUUUCAGCCCAGCCACCUCACCUCCUCUUCGUUCAGUUUCCUACCAACCCCAGUCUACUGAGCCUAUCAAUCUUAUGCAGCGCAUUGGCUCAACAUCACUAGAGCACAUUUAUCAUCCUUCCAACACCCCUGUUAAAGAGGGGCAGAGCACUGCCUAUGCAAAUAUACUUGGGGGUCACUCGGAGUCAUAUUCAUAUUUUCUUCUGGAACCUCAUCUGCAGCCUCUUGCACCAUAUCCCACCAACCCUGAAUCUAUGAACAUUUUUGACCAGCAUGUCCAGCUAGCCCAGGAGUACUUGAGAGUACAAGCUGAAAUCGCUGUGUUGACACAGCGGAAACAUGAACUGACCCAUGAGAUGGAACAGGAGGAGAGUCAGCAUAACAGCUCACGGAUUGCAAAUAUUGAAGAAUAUACACGCCUGUCUUCAGAAAAUGAAAGCCUAAUGAGUGUCCAUCGGGACCUCAAAACGCAGGUGGAGUCAUAUCGCAAGGCCACCAACAAACGCUAUGGAGCGGCAGUCAUGAACUGAGUGUGUUUGAGAGCCACUUUAUUACAACUGAUAACUUGCUGAAUUGUCAGGAAUAGUGUUCAUCACAGUCUUUGUAAAUAACACUAUUAUCCUUGGAAAACCAUUUAUUGUACAAAGAAAACUGGCUUUAUAAUUUUUAAUAAAGAGUUCUGGAGAAGAGCCCUUAUUUAAACUGUCUAUACACUGUCUGAUUUGACUUUUGUGUGGUGAAUUUAAUUGUUUAGGUGUUUUAAUCUGACAUUGUUGGAAAUAAUUGUCAGACAGCUCUGUUAGGGGCCUUACAUGAAAUUCAGUAUUUUUGUAAAAGAUUUCAUUCUGUGACUAGUAAUGUGAAUAGGAGGGUAGGAUAUAUGUCAUGGAAGAUAUCUAAUUCUUACCAGUAAAACAUUUUGUUUUUAAGACUGA